CAGUUUUUGUUUUGUAAUAAAUACAUCUCCAUGGUUAAGUAGCAAAUGAGUGUUACUGUUGCGAUUUCUUAAAGGGAGGCUUUCCUAUCGUUGAUUGGCUAUUAUUAUUUCGAUAUUACCAAUCUAUAAUCCAAGAAAUGGAUGAAAAUUUGAAUUCUAUUGUAUCUGAAGAGACUACUUUUCCUGUAGAUGAUGUUAGCAAGAUUAUAAAAUCAGCUGUAGAAGAAGUUAUUGAAAGAAAUACAUAUCAACAUAGUAAAGUAAAACAAUGGUCCGACAAGAUUGUUGAACAAAUUUUGAGUAAUCUUAAAGAAUUGAAUAAACCUUUUAAAUAUAUAGCCACAUGUGUAAUUAUGCAGAAAAAUGGAGCUGGUUUUCAUACAGCCAGUUCUUGUUACUGGGAUAAUACCACUGAUGGUAGCUGUACUGUCAGAUGGGAAAAUAAAUCUAUGUAUUGCAUUGUAUCUGUAUUUGGACUUGCAAUAUGAGGAACUAUAUGAAAUGCUGUAUAUAUUUUACUAAUCGAAAAAAAAAAUUUCUGCUACUUGAAUUUGAACAUUUAAUAAAUAGAAUGAAUGUUGUCCCUAUAUGAAAUUUGGUUUU